CACUUCGUAAACAGAGCAGGCAGGCGUGUCUGAAAUAGCCUGUGGUUUGACGACCGCCGCUCUCGCCCAGUUUUAAACUUUCAACUUGGCGAUCAACAUCAUUGUACAGACUAUCUUCGUAGUGGCGUCUUGUGGAUGUGACUAGUGUGUUUGGAUUAGACUGGACGAGAAGCUGAAAUGGACAGAAAUGAAACUGAGUGAAUGCAACCGUCAGGCGGACCCACAGUUUAACUUAACAGUUUAAAUGUGUCCAGUUUGAAUGGAAAAGCUACAAAGAUACUGAUGUACAGGAUGGCAUGAAUGGCAUCCAGCUCACCACAUGGCUUAGCAGGUCUCUACCCAAAGCCGAUGCCAGCUCUCACCAGCCUCUGCCCACCCCCAGGUGCGUUGUCUGACCUCUCCUUGAGCAGAGAUACCGAUAAUUGGCCAACACAGUGGGCAUCAUGAAGAGGGGGGUCCAUAAGCCACCGGAGCCUGACGACCCCUUGUGCUGCUGUGAGUAUGUGGACAGGAAAGGAGGCCGGAGCCAUGUGGUGGCGUGUUGCUGCGACUGCGAGGACUUGGACGACGCGUGCGAUAGGUGGCUGAAACGGGAGGAUCAAAAGCCAGACUCUUUGUCUCGAGUGAUAGACUCUGUGUCUGACCGACUACGGGUGCCAUGGAUUCAGGGGGCGAAACGUGUCGACCUGUCCCUGCUCCCGCCCCUCGUGUUGCUUCCUGUCCUGCUGCGCAUCGCAGCUUUGCACGUCUUUCUGGGAGUUGUAGUCCUGACAGCACUUCCUGGACUGGUGUUGUGGUACUACUACUUCACCCACCGCAAGAAGGGCCGCACGCUGUUCUUUCUGAGUCUGGCGCUGUUCUCGCUGGGCUACAUGUACUACCUCUUCAUCACAGAGAUAGUCCCCAGCGGCGACAUCACGACCACUCAGCUGGCCACAGUGACAAUGGGUGUGAUUCUGACUCUCAUCUCCCUCGUCCAGACCAAGAGGGGGCCAGGCUACGUCAAGCCCCGCCUGUCCGACACCCACAGCACCAUCACCUAUCACAGUCCACUUCCUGAUAAGGACUCCUCCCACCUGAACGGAACCCGGCACCAGGUGGUCAUAGCCAAUCGGGGAACGGCGACGCUGGAGCACGUAGCCAAUAACGGCGCAGUGGAGGAGGUCCCAUCGGGGCAAACGGCGAAUAAGAAGACGAGCUGGUGCCCCUGGUGCAAGACAGUACGCUCCCCACGGGCCGGACACUGUCGCAUCUGCAGUGCCUGCAUCCAGCGCUUGGAUCACCAUUGUGUCUGGAUUAACAGCUGCGUGGGGCGGGCCAAUCACCGCAGCUUCCUGAUGACGCUCCUCCUCUUCCUGUUAACCUCGCUGUACGGGAUCAGCCUGGUGCUGCGCACCGUGUGCCCUCGCCAGAACGUGCUAAUCGCCCUGCUCUACUGCCCUGGAGUCUACAGCCAGUACAGCUCGGCCCUCUGUUUCACCUGUGCCUGGUACAGCAGCAUCGUGACGGGCGGCUUGCUCCACCUCCUGGUCCUCCAGCUCAUCAACGUCAGCUACAACGUGACGGAGCGCGAGGCACGACUCGCCCUGCGCGACAGGACCGGCCGCACGCUCCUCUGGGGCCUCGUCAUCGACACCGGCGUCUACUCGCAGGGUUUCCGCAACAACUGGGCAGAAUUCCUGACUAUGGCCGACCACGACGACGACAACGACCACAACAACUCCGACCGAUCGCCACCCGCCUUCACGGAACUGGUGUAGGACUGUGUAGCCCUCACCCUCAGUGUUGAAUGGCUGGCAGGCAACCUACCAAACUCUGGUUUCUGGUUCUUCUCAGUUUUUGUUAUUCUGGGCACCGUCCGCCCUGCGUCAGACAGUUUUGAUUUGCUCAUGUGUUGGUUUCCCCUUAGAAGCCUGAAAGGUGGUGGAACUGCAUUAGAGGAAGCAGCCACUCUAAGCACAGUUCUUUUGGCUCAGUUCCCUAAUCCUCCAGUUGGGGGCACUGUUGUGCCAUGUCUUCUCCUCGGCACAGGUACAGGUACAGAUCCACGCAGUCCUUGUGUGUAUGAGGAAAAGGUUUACAGGGCGGGUCAUGGGGAUGUGUGGUGAAACAUGGCUAACAGUGAUAUCAGCUCCACGCCUUCUGGUCUUCUUUUUAUUACUCUCUUUUUUUAUCGCCUGCUUCUACAGCAGCUGACACAUUUUCAAACAUGUCACAAAUCCAUUUCAGUGUCUCUUGCCUUUUCCAUUUAUUUAGUUAUUUAUUUUUCUGCAGACAACUUUUUUCAUUUGUAGGGCAUAUAAUGAUCUACUCCUGUACUUCAAUUUUUCUUCCAAAGCCUCAUUUCUUUCUUUGGCUGUAGAUCUAGUGACCUUCUGUGCCCUUCAGAGAGUGAUGAAAUGAUGACCUUCUCAAACUACAUCCACACAGUUCACCAGUUCAUCCAUAGAAUUCGGAUUUAGAGUUCUGGCAAUAAGCAAUUUUCUAGAAAGCAGAAGUGAGGUCAAUAACCCCUGACUUUGUGUAAGAAACAUCAUUAGUUUACACCUCCAGUGGUUCCUACCCAGAUGUUGCAUGGAUCCAGGUCCAUUAUCAUCUGGCCAGAUCUGCUCUAAAGGCAGCUGUUUCACAAACUAACACCUUUUUGUUGGUGAAGUGUUAAUCAAAUGACUUUUUAGACUCAUGAAUAUUUACAGGUGCUGAAGCAGAUGUGAUUCGAACACUUCCAUCAGCCUGUCUGUCUCACAUUCCCCUUUGAAGACGCAAUGUGUGAGAGACUUCUUUAAAUGGAUGAAUCACUUUCAGAAGGCGUCAUUACGAUCGUUUGUACCAUCUGUGUUUGAGAAGGUGUGUAGAAGGCUUCAUCACAGAAGCAUACAUGAAAGCACAGACCAAUCAAACUCACUUCAGACACAACUUGGCUUCCUGAUUGAGUUGUAAUUACAAUCCUGCGAAAUUGCAGUAUCCGAAACAGCUUUGUUCUAAUGAGAAUAACAUAAUGUAUUUCCCUACGAUAACACAUGGAAGAAAAUAAACAAUGGGUAAACUUGAGGAAAGAAACAAAAUAAAUUAUACACAUGUUCAGAGACAAAUAGUGGA